CUCACCUGGAGCUCUCCGCUACACCAACAUGAUCCUGAAGACAGUUUUGUUUGCGUUGACGGCUGUCGCAGCGGCCGACAGACUCCCGUCUACUUCUUACGGGGUGCCGAGCAGAGGAAGCGGAGGAUCAGCAGGUGGAGGCUUCGGAGGUCCUGGGGGAGCAGGCUUCGGGGGCUCUGGGGCUGGACGUGGAGGGGUGGGUGCAGGAGGUUUCGGGGGCCCUGGAGGAUUUGGGAGCUCAAGUGGUCGAGGCUUUGGGGGUCCAGCCGGUGGUGGCUUUGGGGGCCCAGCCGGUGGUGGCUUCGGGAGCCAAGCCGGUGGUGGCUUCGGGGGAGCUGCAAGUGGAAGUUCUGUUAGCGGAAGUUACAGACCAUCAGGACCUGUUGUGCCCAUUCUGAGGGACGAGCGUCAGGGACCUGAUGCGUACGGCAACUACAACUUCAACUUCGAGACUGGUGAAGGCAUCAGUCGUCAGGAGCAGGGCGCCCCUCAGGGCCCGACUGGCGCCGUGGCAUCUCAAGGAGAAUGGUCAUUUACCUUCCCCGAUGGAACUCCAGCUAACUUCAAGUUCGUAGCGGAUGAAGGCGGUUACCGCGUGGAGUCUGACCUGAUUCAUCCUCUUCCCGCCCACGCCAUCGCCCAGAUCGAGAAGGCUCGUCAGGAAGACGCCGCCGCAGCAGCUGGAGGUGGUCGAGGAUCGUACGCAGCUGCGUCGGGCUCCUCGUCUCAGUUCUCAGGAGCACCUUCUGGAGGCUUUGGAGGAGCACCUUCUGGAGGCUUUGGAGGAGCACCUUCUAGAGGCUUUGGAGGAGCAUCUUCUGGAGGCUUCGGAGGAGCACCUUCUGGAGGCUUCGGCGGAGCACCUUCUGGAGGCUUCGGAGGAGCACCUUCUGGAGGCUUUGGAAGCUCAGGCAGCGGAGGCUUCGGAGCCGCUCCUGUGGCUCCAAGCAGGACCUACGGCGCCCCAUGAACAUCAUUGUCCUGUUACUUGCAUCACUGACCACAAAUGUUCACAUCACGACCUUCACCAUAGUCGGUUUCUUCCUUGAAACAUCUCAGAUCUCUGUUGCUGCCAUUUUCUUUGGUCUUUCUAACCUCACGACUAUAAUGUCAGCUGAGGCUCGUGUCAGCUGUGUCACGUGUCAGCUGAGUCUCAUGACAGCUGAAUAUUUUUGUCAGGGGUGAUGUUUACUCUACGCUUAUUCUAACGUUACUUAUUUAAUUACAAAUAAACAAAUCGAUAACA